GGCACACAUCCAUGUAGAAGCAGAGGAGAAUGGGAGGUGUCAUAUGGAACUUUUGUAGAUGAAAAUGAGGAGUUUGCUUCACAUUCAUUUCUGGAAAGGUUUGUGGGACAAAGUGUAACAUGGCUACUAUUGGUAAAGUCAUCAAAUGUAAGGCUGCGGUGUGCUGGGGAACUAAACAACCACUCAGCAUUGAAGUGAUUGAAGUUGCACCUCCAAAGGCUGAUGAAGUUCGCAUAAAGAUUGUGGCAACUGGAAUUUGUCGUUCAGAUGAUCAUAUUAUAAGUGGGAAAAGUAUAAGUGAAAUAAAAUUCCCUGUGAUACUGGGCCAUGAAGCUGCUGGGAUAGUAGAGAGUGUUGGUGCAGGAGUGACAGAUCUGCAACCUGGAGACAAAGUCAUCCCAUUGUUUCUUCCUCAGUGUGGAAAAUGCAGAUGUUGUAUUAAUCCAGACAAUAAUCUUUGCAACAAAAAUGACUUUGGGAACCCUAAAGGAAUGCUUUUUGAAAAGACUACAAGAUUUACCUGUAAGGGAAAACCUAUUUACAACUUAGCCAAUACCAGCACUUUUACUGAGUACACAGUGGUCCCUGAUAUUUCUGUAGUUAAAAUAGACAAGGAUGCCCCACUGGAUAAAGUCUGCCUUAUUGGCUGUGGAUUCUCCACUGGAUAUGGCUCUGCUGUGAAUGUUGCUAAGGUUAAACCCGGCUCUACCUGCGCAGUAUUCGGUUUGGGUGGAGUUGGUUUGUCUGUGAUUAUUGGAUGUAAAGUUGCAGGAGCUUCCAGGAUUAUUGCAGUUGACAUAAACAGUGACAAAUUUGCAAAAGCCAAAGAGUUUGGAGCCACUGAAUGUAUCAACCCAAAGGAUUAUGACCGUCCUAUCCAUGAAGUGUUGGCAGAGAUGACUGAUGACGGAGUGGACUAUGCCUUUGAGGUCGUUGGAAAUCCAGGCGUCAUGAAAUCUGCUCUUUUAUCCAGUCACUUUGGCUGCGGAAAAACUGUGAUUGUUGGUGUAGCUCCUUCAGAUGCCACCAUAUCUAUUGAUCCGAUGGUAAUUCUAACUGGACGUGUUCUGACCGGAGCUUUUUUUGGAGGUUGGAAGAGUAAAACUGAUGUCCCAAAACUUGUGUCUGAUUAUAUGAAUAAGAAAUUUGACUUUGAUGGUCUGAUAACACACAGAUUACCACUUGAGAAGAUCAAUGAAGGAUUUGAACUUCUGCGCAAGGGAGAAAGUAUCCGUACAGUGUUGACUAUGUGAAGAGCCCAGAGCUGGACGUCAUCUAAAGAAAAAUAAAUACCUAUUGUCGGCUUUCAAGAUGAAAUAUUCAUUUAUCACAAGAAACCUUUCUUACUUUCUAUUAUAUAGCUGCAUGUUGGUCUGUAUGUAUAAGUGUAUACAUUGCUUCACUAUAUACAGCUGCACAUAUGUAUGACUAAGGCCUUAGUGUAAGGCCAAAAGGCGUCACUGUACCUUGUGUUCCUGUUAUGACCAUCUGGUGAAAUAAAUAUCAUCCUCUGAGU